CUUCCCUUUUCUAUUCCCUUCAAACAAUCAAAGGCUCUACUUCACUGUUUCUUUUUACGUUCUUUUUUUUCAAUUAUCUUACUUUCUUGAUUAAGCGCUAGUCGCUCUAAUUCACUUCUUCUUUCAUUGGAAUCAGAAUUAUAUCUAGACACAAGAAUAACUGCCAGGAUGCAGCUCCAGAAUCUGUUUUUGUCGGCUUUCGCCAUGGCCGCCGCUGUCCGGGGAGAGAUGGGAGGAAUGUCUUCAGAACUUGGAAGCUUGAUGGGUUCCUCCGGCAAGGCCGCUUCGAGUAUGAGCUCCGGCUCUGGUACGGUCAAGGUGCACCCUGUUAAGGUCGGCUGGAACAACACCUUGACCUUUUCCCCGGACCAGUUGAACGUAAACCCAGGUGAAAUGGUCCAGUUCCAAUUCUAUCCCAAGAACCACUCCGUUGUCCAAUCGUCAUUUGACGAGCCUUGCGUCCCCAUGUCCGAGUCGAUGCCCGGCAUGAUGGGUAUCAUGUCUGGAUUCAUGCCCGUUAGUGAGGACGCGACCCAAAUUCCUGUCUUCACUAUGAUGGUCAAUGAUACCAAGCCUAUGUGGAUCCACUGUUCUCAAACGGGACACUGCCAGAAGGGUAUGGUCAUGGCUAUCAAUGUUGCCAGCGGAAGCAACAAGACUCUCUCCUCUUUCAAGGCUCUUGCCAUGAAGAGCACCAGCGAUGGAUCUAGCAGCAGCAGUGGCAGCAGUGGCAGCAGUAGCAGCACCGGCUCUACUAGCGGCAGCACUGGCAGUACUGGUAGCAGUACUAGUAGCAGUACUGGCUCUGCAGGCAGCACGUCUGGCAGUGGAACCCCUACCACCGGUGGUUCUUCUUCCUCUUCUGCCGCUGCUGCUGCCGCCGCAGGCUCAUCCAGUGCUCCUGUCGAGGUGAACGCUGCCUCCAAGCCUGCGUUCAGCAACGCUGGCCUCUUGGGUCUCUCCAUUGCUGCUUUCGCCGUGUUCCAAUUAUAAUUUUAAACUUACAUUGGGACACAGUGAUGGAUGAGUUUAUGAAGUCAUCCUGCCGUUUCCAGUCAUUAUUGUCUAGCAUAUUAC